UGCGCUGCGUGGUUGGACAGUAAUACAGUCCGCUAGAUUAAAGGCUUAACUGCGCUCCCAUAAGCCCUGAUUAAGAAGGUCAUGAAGCUUUAGCCGUUAGCGUUUAGCUAGCACACCAUCGACUAUCUACAUCUCCGCGAGCAGGUUCAUUCAUCCGCCAAAAAUGGAGUGGGCAAGUCAGCUUUGUGAGAACCGCGGCUUGGGAUCCAAGAUGACAGACUCCAAAUAUUUCACCACUACCAAGAAAGGGGAGAUCUUUGAGCUGAAGGCAGAGCUCAACAGUGAUAAGAAAGAGAAGAAGAAGGAGGCAGUGAAGAAGGUCAUUGCGUCUAUGACAGUGGGAAAAGAUGUCAGUGCUCUGUUUCCUGAUGUUGUGAACUGCAUGCAGACGGAUAAUCUGGAGCUGAAGAAGCUGGUCUAUCUGUACUUGAUGAAUUAUGCCAAGAGCCAGCCGGACAUGGCCAUUAUGGCAGUCAACACCUUUGUGAAGGACUGUGAGGACCCAAACCCUCUGAUCCGUGCACUGGCUGUGCGCACCAUGGGCUGCAUCCGAGUGGACAAGAUCACCGAGUACCUGUGUGAACCUCUAAGGAAGUGUCUGAAAGAUGAAGACCCUUACGUAAGGAAGACUGCUGCAGUUUGUGUCGCCAAGCUGCAUGACAUUAACGCCCAGCUGGUGGAAGACCAGGGGUUCCUGGACACCCUGAAAGACCUGAUCUCCGACUCCAACCCCAUGGUGGUAGCAAAUGCAGUAGCGGCUCUGUCCGAGAUAGCAGAAUCUCAUCCUAACAGCAACCUUCUGGACCUGAACCCUCAGACAAUUAAUAAGCUCCUGACAGCCCUUAAUGAGUGCACCGAGUGGGGCCAGAUCUUCAUCCUCGACUGCCUGGCCAACUACACGCCCCGUGAUGACCGCGAGUCACAGAGUAUCUGUGAGCGUGUAACUCCACGGCUGUCCCACGCUAACUCUGCCGUGGUUCUGUCUGCCGUGAAGGUUCUGAUGAAGUUCAUGGAAAUGCUUCCUAAAGAUCUAGACUAUUACGGCACUCUUCUGAAGAAACUUGCUCCUCCUUUGGUCACGCUGCUCUCAGCUGAACCUGAACUGCAGUAUGUUGCCUUGAGGAACAUUAACCUCAUCGUACAGAAACGCCCUGAAAUUCUAAAACAUGAGAUGAAGGUUUUCUUUGUGAAAUAUAAUGACCCAAUCUAUGUCAAGCUGGAGAAGCUGGAUAUCAUGAUCCGCCUGGCAUCUCAGGCCAACAUUGCUCAGGUGCUGGCUGAGCUUAAGGAAUAUGCCACUGAAGUGGACGUGGACUUUGUGCGUAAAGCUGUACGAGCCAUUGGCCGCUGUGCAAUUAAAGUAGAGCAAUCAGCAGAGCGUUGUGUCAGCACACUGCUUGACCUCAUUCAGACCAAGGUCAAUUAUGUGGUGCAGGAAGCCAUUGUGGUCAUCAAGGACAUCUUCCGCAAGUACCCCAACAAAUAUGAGAGUGUGAUUGCCACUCUGUGUGAGAACCUGGACUCUCUGGAUGAGCCUGAGGCACGCGCAGCCAUGAUCUGGAUUGUGGGAGAGUACGCAGAAAGGAUCGACAAUGCAGAUGAGCUACUGGAGAGCUUCCUGGAAGGCUUCCAUGAUGAGAGCACACAGGUGCAACUGCAGUUGCUGACAGCUAUUGUGAAGUUGUUCCUGAAGAAACCCACUGAGACCCAGGAGCUGGUGCAACAAGUGCUCAGUCUCGCCACACAGGAUUCUGAUAAUCCUGACCUGCGUGACCGUGGCUACAUCUACUGGCGUCUACUCUCCACUGACCCUGUGGCGGCAAAAGAGGUGGUGCUGGCCGAGAAGCCUCUGAUAUCAGAGGAGACGGACCUGAUUGAGCCCACCCUGCUGGAGGAGCUUAUCUGCCACAUUGGUACUCUGGCCUCAGUCUACCACAAACCUCCCAGUGCUUUUGUGGAGGGUAGCCGUGGCGUUCAGCACAAGAGAAUUUCUGCUCGCGCUGGCUCAAUAGCAAGAGCCAUGGACCUACUGGGAGGAGGUCUGGAUAGUCUGAUGGCCGAUGAAUCAGAUACGCCGGGAGUUUCCCACAGGACAGAGGUGCAGUCUCCCCAGCCAUCUUCUGAUUAUAGUGAGAGAGAGCUGGGAGGAGACAUCGGCGGAAGCCCUUCGAUGGGUGCUGGUUUGGGGGCGGGCCCAGCAGCCAUGCCUGCUGCUCUCGGCAGUGCUCCUGCUGUUGGAGGUGGAUUGGGAGACCUUUUUGACCUCGGUGGAGGUGUUGGCAUGCCAACAGGAUCCUACGUUGCUCCUAAAACUGUGUGGUUAGCAGCAAUGAAAGCUAAAGGGCUGGAGAUUUCUGGGACAUUUGCCCGACGCGGUGGGAUCAUUCAGAUGGAUCUGUCUCUUACCAACAAAGCCAUGAGCGUUAUGACUGACUUCGCCAUUCAGUUCAACAGGAACAGUUUCGGUCUCUCCCCUGCUGGCCCUCUGCAGGUUCUGACUCCUCUGAGCCCCAAUCAGACCAUUGACGUUAGUCUCCCUCUCAGCAUGAGCGGCCCUAUCAUGAAGAUGGAACCUCUCAACAAUCUGCAGGUUGCUGUGAAGAAUAACAUUGACGUGUUCUACUUCAGCUGCCAAUAUCCCCUCAGCCUGCUCUUUGUAGAGGACGGAAAGAUGGAACGUCAGGUGUUCCUGGCCACCUGGAAGGACAUUCCAAAUGACAAUGAGGCACAGUUCCAAAUCAAAGACAUCCACCUCAACUCAGACGUGGCCAGCAACAAGCUGCAAGGCAGUAAUAUCUUCACCAUAGCCAAGAGAACAGUGGAGGGGCAGGACAUGCUGUACCAGUCUGUCAAACUCACCAACGGCAUUUGGGUGCUGGCAGAAAUGCGCAUACAGACCGGCAACCCCAACCACACGCUGUCGAUAAAGUGCAGAGCGCCGGAGGUGUCUCAGUUUGUGUUCCAGUGCUAUGAGUUGGUGCUGAAGAGCUGAAGUGGCGGGAAACCAACAGGAAACUGCAGUUCCCAGGCAUCGUUUGGGUGACUGAAACUUGAUUGGACCAGUCAGAGAAAGAACCCCUGCUGUCUUGCAUUUCCCUCAGACUGUGCUUUCAGCAUUGACUGAAUCCCAAGGAAUUUUUCUUCAUUAUUUUGUCCAUUCCCAACACCCUUCUUUAUCCCACCUGUUUCCAUCCUGCAGUCUUUAAAAUAUUACAAUUACAGUAAAAUACGACACACAAAAUAUAAAGAUAUCAUCUUUAAUUCACAUAUGUGCAGGUGUUCUACUCAGCAAAUUUCAUUCCUGUACUACAUGAUUGCUUCACUGUUUAUCCUGGGUGAUUGUUUUUCCCCCUCAUAGAGGUCAAGCAUCAUACACAGAUGAUCUCAGAGUUUUAGACCAGCUUGUAUUCCUCAUCCAUCCAGUUGUAGGAAGGGUGUGUUUACCACAGUUGAGAGAAACCUUUCAACACUGCUGUUUUUAAUUUAGUCUUAAUAAUCAGACAAUGGGUCGCUGGGUUUGUAUUCACACAAACAGUUCAAAUCUUUAUUUAUUUUUUGUUCUGUUUUAUUAGAGGUCUCCCUGGUCAUUCCUCAGUCAUUUAGAUCUCCCGCAAUUUCUUUUAAGGGAAUGCUGUGUGUUUAUCCAGAAGCACUACACAAUUGCUGAGUAAACUUUUUCUCUGUCUUCAAAAUAUCUCUGUAUUUGGUGAUGACUAAGUUUGCAGUCAUGUUUUGCUAUUAAGCUGGGUUUAUUUUUAAUUACUACUGUCUUUUGUGUGCUGUGUAUCAGUUGUGUGUGUGUGCGAGUUGGAGAUGUAACAUGCUGCAUGCUCUGUUCCUCCUCCUGGCAAUAUUCCCUGUCCUCUCUUAUUCCCCUGAAUGACUAUGUACAUGCCCAUAUAUUUGGGUGGGUUGUUAAUUUAGUGUGUGUGUGUGUGUGUGUGUGUGUGUGUGUGUGUGUGUUUGUGUUAAAAUGUUGGAUCUGUGAGGGAGACUAGACUCCUAAAGAUCAUCCUGCAGAAAGUGAUAUUCUUUAUGGUAUGAAUAUGUCUUAAAUCACACUGAAUGCGAUGCACAUUAAGUCUCCUGCUUUGCAAAACAACUUGUUCACUGAACAGGUUUCUUCUCUCGUUCUUUACAGGACAGGGAAAUGUAGUUAAUUUUUCAUUUCUUUUAAACGAUGUUGACAAGGUGGACAGACCUCUAUCAAGCUUAAUGUAAAAUACCACCAGGCAAAACACUGCUGACCUGGCACACACACAAUGUUGUGUGUACACUUAGAAGUUCCCAAAUAAUAUUGAUUAUUGUUUUUCUUUUAAUCAUAGUUUGUUGAUUCUGUAUGUGUUAUAUUCUGUGGGUUUAGUCGUAGGGAUGACUACAAGGAGAUGUGCAGCAAAGAAUUUUGCUUUACUUUUUGUUGGAUUCUGUCAUGAAUGCAUCUGUUAUAGAAAUU